CAGUGGCACAAUUUGAGAGAUCGCUACAGUGGAUCAUGUUGGCCGGGGACUAACAGCGCGGUUAAUUGGUGCGCUAAAUUGGGAAAAUUGCAGUUUGUUUGCGCUAUAUCAUUAGUCCUUUAGAUUUAAUUCUCGGGGCUACCGGUGGCAGCUUGGAGAGCCUGCCCCGGUUUAAAACCCGAAAUAGUCGCUGUCAGGAGGACUACUGUUGUGUUGAUGUCAUCCGCGGCAGUGGAGCUGUAGCGACCUUCAGUUUUAACACCGGACCAGGAUAAACAAAGACACUCGUGGCUGUGGUUUUAUGCUCGCGUUUGCUGUUGCUGCAGCAGUUUCUAAACCGAGGAUGGGACUUGUGUCGCGGUGUUUCGUGGCGUUUUCCCUGUGCACUUUAGCAGCCGGGUCAGAUUUUCUGCGGGACCCACAUCCCGCCGGACGGUCGCGUUUUGAGAGGAGUUCAAACAUUGCGGGGAAAGCGGCGGAGAUCGUCAAGAGGUCUCUGCCUGACUGGCUGGCUCCUGCACAGUCACAACACAGGAUUCAGAGGAGAAGCAUCGACCAAAGCGAUUCCUGCAACGCUCUGCAUGGAUACGAGGCCAAGUUAGAUGCCAACACCCACAGUUACACCCUCAAAGAUUUGAGUGGGUCCGUGUCUCUGGCCUGGGUUGGAGAUGGCACUGGGGUUAUCCUCGCACUGACAACAUUUCAAGUCCCAUUUUUCAUGAUCCGGUUGGGACAGUCCAAACUUUAUCGCAGUGAGGACUAUGGCAAAUCCUUUGAAGAUGUGACUGAGUUAAUAAACAGCACCUUUAUCCGCUCCGAGUUUGGGAUUGCAAUUGGUCCAGAAAACUCAGGAAAAGUGAUACUGACAGCAGAAGUAUCAGAGACACUGCAGGCUCGUAUUUUUGUGUCCAGUGACUUUGGGAAGAGCUUCUCUCACCAUGACCUGCCCUUCAUUCCCCUCAUGCAGAUUUCAUACAAUCCGGAGAACUCCAGUGUGCUUGUCGUUCUCAGCAACAAAAAUGCACUGUGGCUGUCAAAAGAUUUUGGCAGCAGCUGGACUAAGAUCCACGACACGGUAUGCUUGGUCAAAUGGGGUGCCAAAAGUAACAUCUUUUUCACAACAAACCCUAAUGGCUCAUGCAGUGACCGGGGGAUGUUGGACCUAAAGAGGACCACAGAUUAUGGGAAAACUAUCAAGACCGUGGCUCAUAAGAUUUACUCGUUUGGUCUUGGAGGGCGCUUUCUCUUCGCCUCGGUGAUGACGGGGAAGGGCACAUUGAGGAUUAUCCAUGUUUCGGUGGACCAUGGAGAGACAUGGAACAUGGCCCAACUGCCCCCUGUUGGUCACGAACAGUUUUACUCCAUUUUAGCCGCUAACGAUGAUAUGGUUUUCAUGCAUGUUGAUGAGCCGGGAGAAACUGGAUUUGGUACUAUUUACGUUUCUGAUGAUCGUGGUACUGUGUACUCGAAGUCUCUGGAACGCCACCUCUACACAAACAGAGGGGGCGACACUGACUUCACCAAUGUCACAUCACUACGAGGAGUCUUCAUUACCAGCAUUUUGGCAGAAGAUAACUCUGUGCAGUCUGUGGUGUCCUUCGAUCAGGGCGGUGAAUGGGUCCCACUACGGCAACCUGCCAACACCAAGUGUGACGCGACAGCCAAAGAUCCCGACAAGUGCAGUCUCCACCUUCACGCAGCAUACAGCAUCGCCAUGAGACUCAACGUCCCCAUGCUGCCUCUGUCUGAGCCCAAUGCAGUCGGUCUCAUCCUGGCUCAUGGCAGUGUGGGUGAUGCCAUUUCCAUCAUGAAGCCUGAUGUCUAUGUGUCUGAUGAUGGGGGCUACAGCUGGAUCAAAGCUCUGGAUGGACCUCAUCACUACGCCAUCCUGGACUCUGGGGGUCUGUUGGUCGCUGUGGAACACAAAUCCAAUGAGCCCAUCAACAUUAUCAAAUUCUCCACAGAUGAAGGGCAGUGCUGGCACGAGUACAACUUCACCAAAGAGCCCAUCUUCUUCACAGGGCUGGCCUCUGAACCUGGGGCCCGCUCCAUGAAUGUCAGUCUGUGGGGAUACAAGGAAACGUUCCUGGCCCAAUACUGGAUCUCCAUCACCAUCGACUUCAGGGAACUGCUCACCAGAGACUGUGGUGAGUCGGACUAUGUGCAGUGGCUGGCUCAUUCUGAUGACAUCAGUGACCCAAAUGAUGGCUGCAUGCUCGGGUUCAAGGAGGAGUUUCAGCGUAUGAGAAAGGACUCGGUUUGUUGGAACGGACGAGAUUAUGUUAUCACCAAACAGCCCAUCCCCUGUGCCUGUACCCUGGACGACUUCCUCUGUGACUUUGGAUAUUUUCGUCAGGAGAACAGCUCUGAGUGUGUGGAGCAGCCAGAUUUGAAGGGAAAAGUUCUGGAGUUUUGUCUUCAUGGCAGAGAAGAGCAGCUACAGACCAAAGGAUACCGAAAAAUCCCUGGUGACAAAUGUGAAGGAGGACAGAUGCCUGAGCGAAAAGAGAUUGACCUGCGACAGCACUGCGUCAGUGACCUGGUUGAGCCCUCACAAGUCAACUCACUGGUUUCCAGUUCAUCCAAAUCAAUGCCUGCUGUGAUCACCUUUAUUGUCAUUAUUAUGCUGCUGAGCGUCGUGGCUGGAGUCCUCUUCAUCAAGAAAUACGUCUGUGGAGGAAGAUUCCUGGUGCACAGAUACUCAGUACUCCGGCAGCACGCAGCAGAGAACGGUGACCUGGACGAGCCUUUGGAGACCAACCACACACGUAACGGCAAGAUCGAAUUUCACGAUGAUUCAGAUGAGGAUCUGCUUGAAUAGCUGGUGUAACCUGUGCUUCAGCUGAGCUCCAUGUUACCGGGCCUUCCUCCCUGGGGCAGCCUCUCUGUCUUCAGCCUUCUCUCUUUCACCUUUAGUGUGCUGCAGCCGGGGACAAACAAAGGGCCACUGAUGUCAUCUCCAAAUAUGAAUGUACAAAGGCGCCCGGGACAGAGGCCAGAGGGACACAAUACUGGAGGAUCUGAAGUACUCGUGUUUCUCUUCAAUUUCUGAUUCUGUUGAUUGAGUUAUUUAUUGUAGGGUCUUAAGCAGAAAUCUGAUCUGUGAGCAGAGCUCGGCCUUUGGGUUAGAUGUGAUGGUUCUUAUGGGACAUGCCUGUUGAAGACACUGGUUUAUGGCACUUGUAAAUAAACUUUUUUUUGCUUUUUCUGUUGUGAUACAGGAACAUCAUGUUGAAAGAUGGGUCAACUCCAUUAGGGUUGCACCAUGAGAGUAGUACAUGUUUUAUGCAGUAUGAUUGGAAAUAUUUUGAUAACAUUUUGGCAUGGGGUUUGGGUACCAAAUGAUGACAACAAUACAUUGAUUUUGGUUCUUUAAAAUCACUUGCAAAAAUAUUAAAAAACACAGUUACUUUUGCAGUAUAAAUAAUCUCUAGCAACACUGAGUUUACCAUUAGUUCUGUAAAACAUUUCCAGCCCAUUUCCCAAUUCUUUUAAAGUCACAGUGUGUAACUUUUUAGCCAAAUAUAGACUAAAAUAAAACUAUGUCCUUAUUUUGGUUGUUUAUUGCACUAAAAACUAUAAACCUGCAUCUUGGUUGUUUCCAUGGAAACGCUGCUAUUUUGGCUGUAAUCUGCCACAGUAUGGCACAAACCAUAUCUAUCUCCAUGGAGAAUAUUCAGAAGCAUGGUUUUAACUUUCUGUUUCCUUUGAAUCAUCAUCAAAAAGUUACAUACUGUAGCUUUAAGUAGUAUUAAACAUUUGAAGCCAAGAGUGUGUUAGUCUCUGGUUUUCAUCCCCAUUUAUUUUAUUGAUGAGACAUUUUGUUAAGGGUAAACUACCUUUUUGCACCAACUUUAAGAGCAAUAACAUUUUCCCAUAAAUUAACUUGUUUUCUACAUUUUUUGAGCCAUUUAAAUUAUUAUUUUCUCAAAGCAGAAACCCAGUUGUGACCAUAUUCAUCUUUUAAAAAAAAUGUAAAUGUUGUUUGUGACCCAAGCUUUUUCCAGCAUUUUGUAUACCAAAUUUAUGUAAAAUGUGAGGUUCAGUUGCUAGAGGAAAUGCAAUAUUUGUAGUUAAUCAAAUAUUUUUACAACAACGACAAUGAGAGAAAAGCACAAAAACAUUACGCAGAAGUUAGUUUAUUUAGUCUGGCUAAUAAUUUUUGAAUAGGCCUUGAGAUUUUUUAUUUUUUGAAGGAAUGACAAAUGAUGUAGAGAUCUGAAUCUGUCAGUGUCACUCGUAUUGUUGUUAUGUGUCUGUCGUCUUCGGGUUUAAUUUAUUACAAAGAGGUAAAGAGUGCAGUGAAUCGUUUAAUGAGGUUGUGAAGAAGUGCCUGUUGUGUGGAUACUUUCAGUUUGUAGCUUGAGUUUAAUGUAAUUCGUCAUGUCUUGCUGCUCUUGUCUAAAUGAGACAACAUAAAGAAUUUCCUGGCUUCCGACAAUAAAUGCAUGUUAAUUUUAAAUGUUUUAAAUUUACACUGAAAUUGAAACUGUGCUCAGAUGAUCUUGAUUGAAUACAGGGUUAUAUGUAAUUAGCUGCUAGACACUGGAUGCCUCUUUGUGAAACCAUUUUAAACGCUUGUUGCAUUUUGUGAAAUUACUACGUCUUUUCUUACAGUUUGAGAUCUGUAUAAAUUUGCUUUUCUGGUUAUGUAAAUAUUCAAGUUACAACUUUGUAUCUGCUGUUUCUCUCCAUUUUUCUUUACAGUUUUAAAUAAAUUCACAUUCCUGUAA